AUGGGCACAAAUAAUGACAAUGAAGAAGUUCCUAGGGAGGAGAGCCGUCAAUGUUCUCCGAACUUCCAACAGCAAGCUGUCCCUUUACUCUUAUAUUCUGCCCAUCCUUUUCCUUACUGGCCUUGGCCAUACAUACCACCCAGCGGAUUUUAUCAUCCUCAUCAAGCUGGGUAUCAUGCCGUCCCUCAAGCUGGUUAUCUUCACCCUCAGCAGUCCAGCUUUGGAUCGCCUCAACCUUCUCUUCUAGCCACACCACAAGUCAGGCCUCAUGCCCAGCAAGACACUCCAUCAGAUUGGCCUCAAUCUUGCCAAGGCCCUGCCUUCAACAAUGACAUCGCGACUACCAAAGACCAUGACGAGUCUCCGCUCCCACUGAAACGCUCCAGAUCUAAUUCCAUGCGACCUGAGUCGUACCCCGAGAAGGUUGUUGACCUCGUUUCACCUCAGUCUAACCUCGAUGUAUCUUUCAAAGAUGUUGACAAAGACGAGGAGGUUGUGGAGGAGCGACCUCCAAAGAAGGUCAUCACCAAAGAUCUUCUAACGCGCGGCGAGAAGAUGAGACUCUUGGACCUUAUCAAACAGUACCAAGAGGUAGAGCGAGUAUGUGGCUACUCCAACUCAGCCGAAGAAACAUAUACGGGCUUCUUCGAGAGGGUAUUUCGAAGAGACUGGAAUACCAAAUGGAAAAGCGUCAAUCCUCUAGUUUUUCGACCUCUGCGCAGCUCUGAUGCGCAUCUGAAAAUUGGCUCUUACGAGAGGGAUGCACCAUCCAGCCAGUCGGAAGAUGGCCGUAGAAGGUCCAAGGCGCUCAAGCAAACCAUUCCGGUCUUCCUCGCUUUGAUUCUCGAGGGUGGUGAAAUUGAUUGGAAAUACCACGACAAGGACGGAAAUCGCCUGAGAGCCCGCGAGGUGACGCUGCAUGACGGUCUCAGUAAUCUGCAAGCCAAAAAGAACACCUUGGAUCACCAAGACUGCCAAGAGAGGAAACACAUCUAUAAACACAACGUUGAUCAGAUUGUUCAAGCCGCAAGACGAAGAAUAUUCAAAUGGGCGGCAGCCGGGAGUGAUGCUCAGCUUGGCGUCGAUAAGGAAGACAGGGCGAAGUUGGAGAAACUUGAACUUCCCUCGGAACGUUACAUUGCUCUAUGUAAAGAAGUCUUCGUCCUACGCGAUUAUUUUAUCCAGCAACAUGAAUGA